AUGAUGUUGAAACGGGUUUACAAUCAAUUUUUGAUCUGUUUGUUGUGCAGCUUGGCAACUCUCACUUCUUUUACAACAGCUUCCGUUGGUCAGACUAAACAAUUGUAUACUUCUUCAGUUGCUUAUUGCAGCCCUCCGAUUGCAAUCUUGGUUACCGAUCUGUCUUUGCGCUUUUACCCGGAAAAUUCAACUUUGGAAUUCGAUCUCUCUGCAGCUUCUAUUCAAGAUAAUUUAAACGUUUCCAUUGCAUUAAGUGUGAAUGCAUAUGGCUUAGGAUUAUUCAAUGUGAAUAUCGAUUUAUGUUCUUUAGCAGGUGGAAUCCUUUGUCCGUUGCCAAAAUAUCAAUUUAGCGGUGGUGGUAUCUUUCCCGUUCCAAAACAAUUCUCCGAUCAAAUUCCCACUAUUGCCUAUACCAUUCCCGAUUUAGAAGCAGUUGCAACUUUGCAAUUGAAUGAUACUUCAAAUAAUAACGUCGUAGGAUGCGUUCAAGCAACACUCAGUAACGGUCAUACCGCAAAGCAAAGUGGAGUCUUAUGGGCAACUGUUGGAUUAGCACUUUUGGCUUUGUUCAGCUCUUUGUUGCAUACCGUCAUUGCUCAAAGUAUAGGUGCAGCACAAUGGCGAAUUGUGGAUGUAAUGUGGGCAAUACAGAAUCCUGCAAUCACCUCCUUCCUUUCGCUCAAUUAUCCCACCGUGUUCUUGUCUUAUGGAACAAAUUUUGCUUGGUCCCUAGGAUUGGUCGAUAUUCCUUCUUUGCAAUCUUCCAUUACACAGACCAGAUCAAAUACUGGCGGUCAUGAUCAAGCCGUUUUUGGUAAAAAUCUAACGGCGGAAAUCGGGAGAAAAUAUAAUCCAUUCAACGGAGGAGAAUCGCAAUCUUCUGGCUCUUCUUCUGGUUUGGGAAAAUCGCUCUCGAUAGGAUCCUUGGGCUUUUUCAAAGCAAGCGAUGAUAUGGCUAAUAAGUUGUCCAAUUUUGCACAAUCUGUUUCUCCUUCAAUACUUCAACCUUCUUCAUCGCAUGCACAAAUUUACGAUCCAGCAAAACUUUCGCUUCUCAAACGUCAACAGUACGCCCCCAAUACAGGUCCAGGAGGAUCUUUGAUCACUGGUGGACAGGGCGUCGCACUUCCUUUGGUAUCAGGAGACGAAACAAGUGUCAAUGGCGGUAUCGGUACAUUUGCCGAACGUAAUUACGUUGCCCCUAGCAAUGCAUUUUUGACCGUUUUAGUUUCAAUGGCGAUCCUUUUGGCAAUUUGCGUAGGUGCUCUUAUUUUGACCUACUUAAUCGCUUUCUCCGUUCGUUUAUUGACCGAUAGGAGGAAUAAGGGGAAAGGCUUAACGAGAAAUUUAUCGCAUUGGUCUCACCGGGUCACAAAACCUUCGGAGUUUUUCAAUACUGUCAUUUUGCCCACUUUGGGACGUUAUCUUUUGAUCGUCUUUCCCGUGUUUUUCAUUUUUGCUUUCUGGCAAUGGAUUGAUGGAGAUUCUUGGGUUGGUCAUUUGGUAGCAGCUUUGAUGACUGUCAUCAUCUUAGCAUUCACAGCAAUCAUGUUUGUUCCGAUGAUCAUUCGUGCAAGGCGAUCUACUUCUGCAGUUUUAUAUCAUGACAAAGCGCCUGCUCAUGGUACCAAAACGGCAAAACGAUGGGGCCAUCUAUCGCAUCCUUAUCGUCAAAAAUUCUAUUGGUUCAGUUUGGCUCUACUUUUAUUCGCAUUCAUUCGUGCUUGCUUUAUCUCAUUUGCACAACAACAUGGAACUCGACAAGCGAUCGGAUUAUUGGUCACCGAUGUUUUGCUCUUCCUCAUCUUGUGCAUCUUCCGGGUAGGAAGGGACAAGAAAUCGGAUUUCGUCUUAAUUCUACUGUGCUUCAGUAGGAUUGCAGCUUGGGCUGUUUGCGUGGUCUUCAUUCCUUCGGCAAACAUUCGAACGAUCCCAAGAGCUAUUGUCGCUUUCGUUUUAUUGGUCGUUACCGCUUUGCCGAUCAUUUAUCUCUUCUUUUUGACCGUCUAUGAUCUUUUCAUGCCUUUCCUACGUCGCAAUCGUAUGGACGUGGAUCACUAUAAUAGCACUGACGGAGAAAUAUCAAGAAAGUCAAAGCGCACCAACGGCAAGAUCAACGAUUGA